AUGUCCUCAUCAACAACCACACCAGAACGACCCUGGCAUGAAGCUUUCCCUGCACCUCGAAGCACGGCGGCGUCUAUCACUCGUGAAGAAGUCCUGCGGUGGUUUCAAGAAGGGAAGAAACCAGGAAAGGAUUUUGUAUUGGUUGAUUUGAGGAGGGUUGAUCAUGAGGGCGGUACGAUUCGCAACUCAAUAAACCUCCCUGCACAGAGUUUAUAUCCGUCUCUAUCGACAUUCUAUACCCUUCUUGAAAGCGCUGGGGUGCAGAGUGUGGUUUGGUAUUGUGGCUCAUCUCGCGGUCGAGGAACUCGUGCCGGAGGCUGGUUUGCGGAUUUGCUGGUGGAAAAGGGGAAUACGUCGAUGAAGAGUCUUGUUCUUGAAGGUGGGAUUAAGGGCUGGGUGGGUGCAGGGCCGGAGUAUGUGGAGUGGAUGGAUGGGUUGUUUGGUUGGGGUAUAUUCGAAUUGAAUGGAAAUUAG